AUGCCUUACCCCGCCCUGAACACCCAGUGGGACUGGAUGAAGAGGACGAAGCAUCCGGUAUGGUACCAUGUUCACAUUGACACGGACUUUCGACGGGAUGGCGAGUGGGGAGAUAUCAUCCAUCUCAUUCGUUUCACUGCGGCUCAGUUGGACAUCGAUCUCCCCGAAAAGAUAAGCGACACCAUCACCAUCUCGGAGGAGGAGGAAUUCGAUAUCGAGGAUAACCCGAUAGAGUUCAUGGCAUCCGUCCUUCUGGCAAGCCCAGUCAGUGCCCGUGGCCCAGACGUGGUCAACUCCUGCGCGGCUAGUCCGCUCGUGGGCAGCAAUGCUGCUAAGGAUCAACCUUCUCAGGGCACCUAUGACACUCCCAGUCCCCCCAGGACCCCCAGUCCCCGCGAUGGACUUGGAUCUCCAUGCUCUUCUUUAAACUGUAUCGAGCAGUCUGUUCCAGCGGUUACCUCAUCUCCCAAGUUCGUUGUGGAGAUACCCGUCUCACCCAGCGUACAACCCAUGAUCCCCAGCGACCUUCCGAGCAAGGCUCUUGAACAGUUGGUGACCAGUCAUGAUAAGGUCUGCCUCUGGUGUGAAAGGGAAGGCAAAAGCGCAUAUGGCAAUGUGCCUAUGCUGGAAAUUGAAUUCAGCAUUGAUAAAGUUUCGGAUCCCUCCGAGCACUCUUGUGAGAGCCUCACCAGGCAAUCUGCACCAGACGGAAUGCGCCAUAGGGCGGUAGCAGAUGUAAUGGGCCAGGAUCCCAUUGGCCAAGGUAACAUCAGAAACAUCCCUGGAAUAUGUGAGGCGGCCGAUCUUCCACCCCUGUUGUAUCGGUGGUCAAACAUCGAUUCUCAGGGCGUGAAUAGCAGGAGUCUCUUCAGAGCUGGGUCCUUUGCGGAUACGAAUUCACCCUUUUUUGGGCCUGAAGAUCUGUCCGAGGAGCGGUUUCUCAACUUUUUCACGGCUCACGUAACCCGGGAACAUGUUCUUACCCCUUUUAUCUCGACGUGCACCGGGCCACUGACUCCGAUCCAUCGGGCCCUUCGAAAGGGCGAAGGUGCUAUCGUGACCAUCAUCGACCCGCUCAAGCUCCGAACACCCGUUUUCAAGGCGCAGCCUCUUACACAGAUCACCAAGACGACUGUGCAUCGGUGGAGGGGUUAUGGAGAAUUUGAGAUCUGGGGCCUAGUUACCACCGACGCUAUUAUUGCUUCCUUCAAGAUUACUACCCUGCAGGAGAUCGCCUCGGUGGACCUUGAGAUUCAGCAGUUUCUCCAGUUGCCUCUCAUCCAGCUUCAGAAAACUUCUGAUCUCUGGCUGCGAAGGGCUCUGUUGCAGAACAUCGGUGCCUAUGUGGAGCACCAAAGUGUACUGGAACGGCUGGCCGAGCAACUCGGUGUGCCAAUCGAAUACUGUGCACGGGUUGCAGUUGGGAUUUGGGAGUCGUGGAGCAAGCCCUGCGGUUAUGGGGAAUACACAAGGGCCCCCUCGCACUCGCCGGUUCCCAGCGGCGCGAAUAAAUACAGCCUGCGGGGGGCUGCCCGCUCUGAGACGGAAUCAGUCGUGUAUGUACCGCCUGAAAGCGAUGAUGGAUCUUGCUCCGAGUCGACGGAAGAGGAGCAAGACGCUAUGUCGCAGUCACCGGAGGCCCCAUACCGGCGACAAGAUACCCCUAGCUCUGCCUAUUCGGUGGCGAACGAUUCAGAUAUUUCGACUGAGGUGGAGUUGCCUCGUGCCCGUGUUCCCGCCGUCAUCACAGAUGUCGCGAUGCCAGAUGCUGCGGUAUUGCCAACACCCCCAAGUACCAGUCGAUACUUCAUUAUCUCCACCAUUCCCAGUCCAGAGCUCCCCCUGCGGGAUUAUGGCCGUCUGAAAUUAUCAACUUCGCUGGAUGACGAUCAUCUCUUGCAAGAAUCCGACUGGCCCUCUGAUAGCGAGGCGCUAACGGGUACGGAGACGCCAGAAACAUCUCGCUAUUUUGAUCGAGAUGGCAAUGCUAAGACCUUGCCGCAUUACUUGGCCCCCGUUUCCUGGGAGUCAAUAUCAGCUUCGAUUGCUCACCGAGGACGGAAUACUUUUUCCCGCGGAGAUUUUUAG